AUGAUGUUCGUGAUCUUGGCUUUGUUUGUCGCCGGUGGUAAGUUUGAUAUGAUUCAUGACAGAUGAUGUAAUGUGUUCCCACAUUCUAUUUACAAAAUGUGGUCUGGGAGGUUGAUAUUAAGAGUUGAUUUUACAGUUUUUAAAAUAUUCACAUUUUCACGUUUGCACUGUCAAAGGCUUGACAUACUGUUUUAUAACAUUAAAUAUUGAUAGAAAUAUCACUGCUUUUAUUCAGGCCAUUUACCACCUUUAUUUCUAAUUAUGUUCCUUAGCCUACGGGUGUGGCCUGCCUACCUACCCUCCUGUCAUUUCCAGGGUGGUUGGUGGAGAUGAUGUUCGUGAGAACAGCUGGCCCUGGCAGGUAAGCUUCUCUUCAGACUCUCCUUUUCUCUUCUUUGAUGUCACACAGAGCUCAAGUUUUGUAUUUCUCCUUUCAUCAGGUGUCUCUGCAGUACAGGAGUGGCAGCAACUUCUACCACACCUGCGGUGGAACCCUGAUCUCUGACCAGUGGGUCCUUACUGCUGCUCAUUGCAUUGGGUAAGACUUACAGUUGAAACAAUCUUAAAGCAAACAUUAAUUAGACAGACAAGACAAAAAGGGACAGGCAUGUCAUCUAUGAGCUACUUCAUUGAGGCAUUUUGGCAGGAAAGUUUUGGUAGAAAGACACCUCAACUUUUACUUUAGUGUAAUGCAAAUACACUGCAGAGAGUGAGAAUAGCAGUUCAGUUUGGUCGUUUAACUAAAGACUUUCAUCUACAUGCAGCCACUGAUGGUUGAUGUUUCUAAUUUUGUACUAAACCAUGUAAGAGGUACACUUAUCAUUUGCAGUUGGGGCUGAUUUAAACAGUCCAAGGGUUACAUAAACACAGUGUGUGUCAGCAGCAGUGAUGGUAUUAUCAUUGGAGUACAGGAAAAUCCAUUUACUUGUUACCGUAUGUUUGUUAUCAAUAAGAGUCCUAGAAAGCUCUCAUCCUAAACUAACUUUAAAGGGAUAUUUCAGUAGUUUUGAAGUGAGGCUGUAUAAGCUACUUCAUAUUAUUAGUCAGUGUAUUAAUUACAUGGAUGCUGGUCAGCUCAGCCCCUUCGCUAAGAAAUUGCUGGCAGAAACAGGAUGCUAGAUAUGCUACCAUUUUUAGCAGAUGAGGCCAACUCUGCCACAUGACUUGGCUCAAGUACUCAUCCAGGUUUAAGAGUAUACUCUACCCACACAAUUCUCAGCACUUGACUUUAACCAUUUGUUUUUGCACUGUUAGUGGAUGCCAGGAGUUUCUCAGUAAAGGGGCUGAUGUGGCUGGAUCUAUUGUGGCUACAACACCAACCCUUGCUCUGAAUCUGAUUGUCUCUCUUUAUCUGCUCUACUGUACACAAUGAAGGCAAAAUGCCCCUCAAAUCAAUAAUAAUAGAAAUAAUAAUUACCCUUAACCCUUUUUUGUUUUGUUUUGCAUGUUUUUUUGUGGCUGAGCAGAAGCCGUACCUACAGGGUCUACCUGGGCAAACACAACCUGAAGAACAGCAAUGAGCCCGGCUCCAUUGCCAUCAGCCCUGGCAAGAUCGUUGUCCACGAGAACUGGGACUCUUACAGAAUCCGGUGGGUUCUGUCUAUUAAUCCAUCUUGUUAAAGCAGCUUGUAAAUUAAACUUUUGAUACUCUGAUUCAUUUUUUUUUUAUUAAACGUAAGCUUUAUUGAUUUAUUCCUUUAGCAACGACAUUGCUCUGAUCAAGCUGUCCACUCCUGUGACCCUCUCUGACUCCAUCAUGCCCGCCUGUCUUCCCAACUCUGGAGACAUUCUGGAUCAUGGUGCUCCUUGCUACGUUACUGGCUGGGGUCGUCUCUGGAGUAAGUUCUGAACUGUUGUGCUACUUUAUUAAUAAAUAUCUUUCUUGUUUUUAGUUAUAUUUGGAGUUACACUGGACUCAAAAGUCUGAUCCUUUGCAAAAGAAUUUUUGACUUGCUAAUAUAAUUUAUGAUUGCUGAUAAAUUCUUUGUGCCUCAACUUACAACAAUUUAAAAUCUUACCUCAGGUUUUCCUCUGCCUCUGUAACAGGGGUCUUCUUCUCGAUAUUGACUCUGCCUGUUCUGCUAAAUAUUAGAAAUACAAUUUGCAGCACAAUUACAACCCAAUAUCAUGUUUUCACAAUUGAAAAAAGUUAAAACAUUGACACUUGACAUAAGAUAUCAACAUUUACUAAUCUCAUACAGACAAGACUUAAGCUUUAUUAGUCCUUCCAAAACCUUUUUGCAUCCAAUCCUGAGUCUGAAUGCCCUGUUGUUUUUCUAAAGCCGGAGGUCCUAUUGCUGACAUCCUGCAGCAGGCCCUUCUCCCCGUGGUCGGACACUCCACUUGCACCAAGUAUGACUGGUGGGGCAGCCUUGUCACCGACAGCAUGAUCUGUGCUGGAGGAGAUGGACAGCUGGCUAGCUGCAAUGUGAGUUGAAUUCAUUUUACAGUAUUUUUCAUACUAAAUCCCAGCCUGUGCUCAUUCUACAUUUUUGUGCAUAACUGUAAUUUAAAUUCCUGCUUUCUCUCGCUCUGUUUACCUGCAGGGAGACUCUGGUGGUCCCCUGAACUGUCAGAACCCUGAUGGCUCCUGGGAUGUUCAUGGUGUGGUCAGCUUUGGCUCUAGCAUGGGCUGCAACUACCCCAAGAAGCCCUCUGUCUUCACCAGGGUCAGCGACUACAUCUCCUGGAUCAACAAUGUAAGUACUAAGCAAUAAAGGUGCCAAAAGAUUGAUUCAAAAGAUGCUAUGAUUCACUUCUACAUUCAGGUCAAUGUGUGGCUCAUGCAGACAAUGUGAAAUGUUUCCUUUUUGGGACAUAGAGCCACUCGUACAGUAACUCAACAGAUGUCAGGCUACAAAACCAGUGCAGGUCACCCUUUGUUUGGAAUUAUGAUAUAGCUGCAACUAUUUUUCAUUCAGUACUGGUGAUUUGGUUUUCUAAUGCAAUUUUUGAUUUAACAUUUUCCACCAUACACAAUUUUAUAUGAUAGUUUCAAAGCCAAUAAAUACCACAGGAUUUGCCAUCUUAUUUGAACUGAAGCUUCAUAGCAGCUAAGCAGAGCACACUUUGUGAUAAAGAGAACAGUUUUUCUAGCGCCCUCUGGUGGAGAAUUCAAGCCUUGUCUUCAUGCUUCUUUUUGUAGGUGAUGACCAGUAACUAA